GUUUCAGAGCAACAAAAGCGUAAUGAAGAUGUUGGUCAAUUCACAGAAUUAGUGAGAGACUUCUUAGACCCCAAGGAUUUUUAUGGUUCCAUUCGUGACCACAACAUGGACUUUUUCUGUGGAGUCCCAGAUUCACUACUCAAGGAUUUCUGUGCCUAUGUUACUGCKACUACACCCAAGUCUAACCAUAUUAUUACAGCUAAUGAGGGACAAGCUAUAGCACUGGCGUCAGGCUAUCAUAUGGCUACAGGAAAAGCUGCCGUAGUAUACUUACAAAACUCUGGUUUAGGUAAUAUCGUCAAUCCACUGAUGUCAUUAGCUGUACCAGGCGUGUAUAGCAUACCAAUGCUGUUACUUGUAGGGUGGCGUGGGGAGCCUGGUAAACGGGAUGAACCACAACACCAGGUGCAAGGCCAGGCAACUCCUGGNUUUGUAAUGGAGGCCACCGAACCAGAAGACAUUGCAGAAAAGGUGACAGCCAUGCGUAAGAUUGAUGGACCUGUACUACUUGAGAUCAAAUGCAACAAGGGUGGACAUUACAUUGUUGUUUUUCAGGCUUUAUAUACUGCUCGUAAACACAUGGAAACUACAAAAAGCCCUUACUGUUUAUUAGUCCGUCGUCAAAACUUUUUGCCUUACAAAUUAGAAUCAGAACCUGAAUUAUACCCACUAAAUCGAGAGGGUGUUGUUAAGGUAAUUGUGGAUAGUCUUCAUGACAGAGAUGUUGUCGUGGGAACCACUGGAAUGUUAUCAAGAGAGUUGUUUGAAUAUCGUGUUGCUAAGGGACAAGGACAUGAGAAGGACUUUCUUACGGUGGGAUCAAUGGGUCAUGCAUCGGCUAUUGCACUUGGAAUAGCAAAAUUUAGACCUAAAAGACAGGUAUUCUGUCUGGAUGGUGAUGGUUCUGCCUUGAUGCAUAUGGGAAAUAUGUCAACAAUAGGCCAGGAAGAAAGCAAGAACCUUAAGCACAUCAUCAUUAAUAAUGGUUGCCAUGACAGCGUUGGUGGUCAACCAAGUGUCGGCGGUUCUGAGAAUUUUAGCUUUCUUGGUAUCGCAAAAGCAUGCGGUUAUGCUGCUGUAAUGGAGGCCACUGAACCAGAAGACAUUGCAGAAAAGGUGACAGCCAUGCGUAAGAUUGAUGGACCUGUACUACUCGAGAUUAAAUGCAACAAGGGUGGACGUAAAGACCUUGGACGUCCAACUAGAUCUCCACAACAGAACAAGAAAGACUUUAUGCAUUUCUUAGCAAUUGAUCACUAAAUAAUAUAAUAUCAUAUGACACAAAUCUUUAAGAUUACCCCAAUACAACAAAAAAACGGAUUCAUGCACUUCUUGGUCAUAASCACUGAACAUCACCUCAUACAACAAUGACUAAGCUUCAUUCCUGGAUUUGAGUUUUAGUUUCUAAUAGAUCUGAAAACAAUUGGACAAAAUCAUGAUUUUCUKGAYWRCUAAGGUUUUAGUGAAGUUUAUCUUUUAGAUCUGUUGGUAGAGUUAUAUGUCUAUGAGAAAGUGUAAAUGCAGAAAAAAAGGGUUUUAAGCUGUCCACAGUUAGCCUAGAGCUGUCCGGUUACCAUCUUCCUUUUUGUCUGACCACAACUUGGUUUGUUCAUCUGUUUCGCUGUCUUACAUUAAUAGUUUUACUGAGGUUUUUAAUACGUUUGAAGGCUGCUAAGAAACAAAUAUUGUAGUAUGGUUCAUAGGUUCAUAUGGUUCAUAGUUCGGUUCAUAACUGGCAUCACAAAGCAGUACAAAAUACUUGUAUCUCUAUUUAAUAUCUGACCUUGUAGCUCUUCCUGGUGUCCUCAAGAGGAAUUGGUGACACUAGAAAGGACAGCAAGGAGUUUCCAAAAGGACUUGUCCAAAACAAUAUUCUUGGUGUGUAACCAUAUCACCAGGAAUCCACUGACAAAUAAAAAACAAAGCUAUCACCGCCAUGUUGSAUGAAUGAACAAAAGAAAGUAAUGAAGAAUGUGUUGUGAUCUUCAUCAAACAUGGCAGUGAUGACGCAACUAGUAAGCCAAGAAUAGACUAGCAAGAUUACAUUUUAUUCUCUUACUUGAGAUGACAUCAAUCUAUACUACAUCAUUGAAAGAUACACAGAGGAGUAUAUUAUUGUAAAUCUGUGCUAUAAAGGUUUAUUAAUAUAUUUAGGUUCUUGUGAACUGUAUUUUGGUAUAUUUUGGUAGGAAUAAAAAUGACUAUUCCAAUAUUGUGUCAAAUGAAGAUAUUGUGAGCAAUAUUUAUUAUUAAAUGCUAAUAGUAUCUGUAUAAUUAUAUCUACCAUGCUACUAAGUAUUAGCUUUGAUUUACCAUUUUAUUUUUUUAUUUUAGUAACAACACAUUCUGUACUUGGGAAAACGAAUUAAAGGAAACAAUACCUCAUU